AUGGCAAAGCCCAAGUACACCUUCGUGGUCGAACAUCUUGACCCGGAACUUGGACCGUGGUCCGCCCUUGAAUACCGGACCAUCGCUAAAGAAUCGAGCGAAUCUGGAUGUCACUUUAUCCUGUCAUCUGUACCACAGUCCUUGUUGGACACUCAAGAUGUGAAGAGUCUGCAAAAAGUAGGUGCAGAGGGAAGGACGGACAGUAUUGAAACGUAUUAUGCGCACAAGAAGGAGAAGAUCUGUCUACUGGAUCCUGCGGCAAAGCAGGAGUUAGAGCCUGCCGAUGCCAAUGACUUCGACGUCUUCUUGUUUGGAGGGAUAUUGGGUGAUGAUCCUCCUAGAGAUCGAACCAGCGAGUUGCGAAAGAAGGGCUUUUUGGGACGUCGACUCGGUCCCAAGCAGAUGACAACGGACACUGCUGUGCGAGUAACACGCAUGGUUGUACUUGACCAAAUACCACUUGAGAAAAUCCCAUAUGUUGACUAUCCUGAGUUGAAGCUGGAUGAGCAUGAGACUACCGAAAUGCCAUUUCGAUAUGUCACGGAUUCUUCUGGCAAGCCUAUUAUGCCCGAGGGUAUGAUCGACUUGAUCAAAGCUGAUGCCGACAAAGCAUUCGACAACCUCGAUUUCGCUGAUGAAGUUGAGGGACUCGAGAACCUGAAAGUCAACCAGCCUUGA